AGGCCUGGCGGGGUGGGCGGCCCAGUGCUGUCAGUCCCGCGUGGCCCCGCCCUGCCCGGCUCAGUCCCGCUCGCCGCGGAGCCCGAGCAGCCUGGAGCCAGCGAGACCCCCGCGGCCGAGCAAUGGCAGCCAUCAGAAAGAAGCUGGUGAUUGUGGGAGAUGGCGCCUAUGGGAAGACCUGCCUGCUGAUCGUGUUCAGCAAGGACCAGUUCCCUGAGGUCUAUGUGCCGACAGUCUUUGAGAACUACAUUGCUGAUAUCGAAGUAGAUGGAAAGCAGGUGGAACUGGCCCUUUGAGACACAGCGGGGCAGGAAGACUAUGACCGGCUGUGGCCCCUCAGCUACCCAGACACAGACGUUAUCCUCAUGUGCUUUUCCAUCGACAGCCCAGACAGUUUAGAGAACAUUCCUGAGAAGUGGACUCCGGAAGUGAAACACUUCUGCCCUAAUGUUCCUAUCAUCCUGGUGAGAAACAAGAAGGACCUACGAAAUGAGAAUUAUUGUUUUCCUUAA